ACCAACCAACGAAAGCCGAAGAAAAAGGGGGAGUUUAUUAAAGAAGAGAAAUUCAGAAAAAUUAGUUGUAAAGUUAUUUAGACAAGAUUCGAGUGAUAUUUAAAUAAAAAUGGAAUAUGAAAGUGUUUUGAUUGUAAAGCCAGAAGUAUUUAUUUACAAAAUCCCACCACGCGCCAGCAACAGAGGUUACAGAGCUGCGGAUUGGAAUCUGGGCGAACCAACAUGGACCGGUCGUAUGCGUUUGGUGGCAAAAGGAACAGCAUGUAAUUUAAAGUUGGAAGAUAAAAAUACUGGCGCGCUUUUUGCCAAUUGCCCAAUUGAUACAUAUCCUGGUGUUGCUAUAGAAGCGGUUUCGGAUAGUUCACGUUACUUCGUAAUACGCGUACAAGAUGAUAACGGUCGUUCUGCCUUUUUGGGCCUGGGUUUUGGAGAUCGUUCGGACUCUUUUGACCUGAAUGUAGCAUUACAAGAUCACUUCAAAUGGGUGAAAAAUCAAGAGCAAAUCGAGAAGGAGAAAACAGAGCCUAAGCAGCAACUUGAUUUGGGAUUCAAGGAAGGCGAAACCAUUAAAAUUAACAUGCGAAUAACAAAAAAAGAUGGAUCUGAAGGCACUGGUCGCGCUGGCAAAGCUAAGCCGUCAUCUGGUAUUUUGCCACCACCACCGGGGGGUAUUGGCAAGAUUGCACCACCGCCUUCAGGAGCUAGUGGCUCUGUACGACAGAGUCCGGGUACAUCGCCUGCACAUAAAGCCCCAGGUGGACCAGGCAGCGAAUGGACGGAUUACGCCUCAGCAGGUGGGCAACCACAACAACAACAAAAUGCUGCUAACGCAAACUGGGUGCAAUUCUAAGUAGGUUUAAACAAACAUUUACAUAUACACACACAAAUUCAUGCAGAGCUACAUAAAAACAAAUGUGUACGUCAAAAAAAGCAAAAAAAAAAAAAUACUAAAACCAGAAGGGUAAUACGUCAAGCGUUUAAGUGAAUUAAACAAAGAGCUUUCGUUCAAAAUCGUAUAAAAUAUAAUUUGUUGCAUACAAAUUAGUUAACGCGAGUGUAAGUUUAUGUAAUCUUAAACAUUCGAUAUCGACAAUUUAACGAAAUUUAUGAAAUUAGCAAAAAGUUAAACUGUAAUCAAGCCAGUUCAUGGUAUAGCGAAAUAUAAAAGAAAACAAAACAUGGCAAAUGUGUAUGUAUAACUUGUUAAUGUAAUGUAAAAAUAAUUAUUAAAAAGUUCUGUUCAUUUUUUAGUAAAAUCGUAUCUUAACUACACAAAAAAACAAAAUAACAUAAUUCAAUCGUACAGUUACGCAUUUGGAUAUGCUACAAUAAUAACAAUAAGCUGUAUCAUAAAUGUGUGAAAAUGAUGAAAAUAAGUCAUACUAACAGUUUUUUUAAAUCACAUGUCAUUUGGCAUACAUACUUUGUGUUUAGUUUAAACUUUCUCUGUUUCAUCGAUAAGUUAAUUUGUCUAGUAAGUGCACAGUGCUAAUAUUAUGAAAUGUACUUACACAAUUUGCGUCAAUUUUGUUCGCGAUUGAUUUUAAUUUACGCAAUUAUUUACAUUUGCAUACACACAUUCCAUUUUGCAUUAUUGUUGGGUUAAACAGAAUUUAAAGCACGUAUCAUCUUGCGAAAUUUAUUCAUAUAGUAUUUUCAAAAAUAUGUGAUUUUUAUGUUCUCCAAUUAAUUUGCAUUUGUAUUAAAAAUUUACUAAAAUUUUUUAUAUGUGUUUAUAUAGAAUUUUUUUCUUUGCUUUAUGUUUGAUAGUUAGAAUUCUGAGUCGAAUACGCAUUAUUAGAACUGUAAUCCAAUGAAUGUUGUAUGAAAUGUAAAAUAUAAUGCAUACAUUAAAAAUAUGAUAAAGCAUAGCAUAAAAUAUAUUGUAUUUAUAUCAGUUAUAUACAUAUAGAUUGUUCAGCGCUUUUGCUAUUUAUUAGUGCAAAUUGAAUCUAUUGAAUUAACUAUUUUGUUGCAUAUGAAAAUAAAACCCAUUUAUCAAUAAUAGCCAACACUGUUUGUAAACUCAAUGAACAAUUUCAAACUACUUAUUGAAUCCUUUUGCUCUACUGAAGUUUACGAGUGUGUAAAGUAAAUUUAUAUAAUAAGUUAUGUAUGUAUUUAAAAUUUAUUAUUGAUGAAUAUUGAAAUCGAAAUUGAGUAAAAGCUAUUAUUUUUAUUUAAAAUAUAUAAUAAAUAAACUUGAUGAUACGGAAGCAAAAAGCUUUCCGUAUAACGCACGAA